CCGCGAGAAGCGAAGGAUAGAGAUCUGCGAAUACCGAUGGCAGAAGAGUCCAGCAAGAUGGCGCUGACAGACGAAACACAGACCACAAAGGGCAAACUGGUGCGCUCACACGAAUGAGGAAUCGCCCUGCUAGAGACAGUCCAUCUUCCGGUGGCUGCGUGGAUCUGUGUGUUUCAGGGCGUCCUUGCCUUCUGGAGAUGGCCACUCCACUGGCAGGUCCGCGCGAGAGAGAUACACACACCACUUCACGCCCUGCAGAUGGCAGAGAUCGCUCUGUGUGUACUGUGUGUGUGCGUAUGGUGUGUGCAGGCGCUGGGCGGCAUCGUGAUGGGUUUGGUGUUGGGCUAUUUGUCUGGCGGCGUGGGUUAUGCCACAUUCAAAUCCACCAGAUGGGACAUGAUCAUCUACGACCUCAUCGGGUGCGCAGAGACAGACAGAUGCAAUGCAGCCACGGGCAUGACCAUACCAUCUCUCUCUAUGGUGUGUGUGUGUGUGCAGAGAUAUGUUCCUGCAGGGUCUGAAGAUGGUAGUGGUGCCUCUGGUGCUGACAGCCAUCGUCAACGCCACUGCUGGUAUGGGUGACAGGGCCGGAUUCGGUAGACUGGGGGGCAAGACCGUCCUCUUCUACCUCGUCACGUCACUCUGCUCCACUCUCAUCGGCCUCGCCUUUGUCAACAUCAUCAAACCGGGUAAGGAAGCUCGCUGUGUACGGCCAGGCCACCCACACGCCUCAGUGUGUGAAUGGGUGACCUGUCUGUCUGUGUUGUGUGCAGGCGAGGGCUCGGUGGGCACGACGGUCGACGAGACGCUCAAGUCCGUCGAGAAUGAGGGCUCUGACGAGCAGGGCAACCUGCAGAAGAUCGAGGAGCGCUCGGAGGGAAGGGGCGGGAUCGAGUCGAUCCUGACGGUCUUUCGAAACAUGGUGCCCCCCAACAUCUUCGCGGCGUUUGCCGAGGACCAGAUGCUGGGCGUGAUUGUGUUCGCCCUUCUGUUCAGCUAUUACAUGGCCCGCCUGCAGGGGGAGCAGAGACGGAUCAUGACGGUCAUCUGGGAAGGUGCGCCGGCACGUGGGAGGGACGGGCAAGGCAGGGCAGGGGAGGAUGUGUGUGUUUGGGUGUGUGUAUGUGUGUGUUCAGGCGCGUACAACGUUAUGCUGGGCAUAGUUUUCUUCGUGCUGAAUUUCCUGCCUUUGGGCGUCAUGUGUCUGAUCGCACAGAGCUUCGCCGACGCAUUUGCGCAGGACAAGUAACCAACAAUGGCCACACACACACACACACACACACACAGGUGCGCAUGCAUCACCCUCCCCUCCAUCCCUCCACACUUGUGUGUGUGUGUGUCAGCUUUGUGGAGCGCAUGACGCAGCUGGGCCUGUUUGCCGUGACGUCUGUGUGUGCGCUGGCCACACACAUCUUCAUCCUCAUGCCGCUCUUCCUGUUUGCUCUCGGACGCGUCAACCCUAUCAGGUCACACACACAAAGCCACCCACACCGUCCAUCCCACCCUACCUCGACGGUUCCAUCUCAUCUUUGCCCACACCACAUGCUGUAUGUAACACAACCCAGGCACUUCAACGCCGUGAUGCCUGCGUUGCUGACGGCCUUCUCGACUGCGAGCAGCAGCGCCACCCUGCCCCUCACCAUGAGCUGUGUGGAGCAGCGGGCUGGAGUCAGCAAGAGGAUGGCCAACUUCGUCCUGCCUUUGGGUGCAACUGUUAACAUGGACGGCAGUGCCCUCUAUGAAUGUGUCGUGGUGAGUGCAAUUUAGUGUACAGAUCACAGUUCUUGUGAGCGCUCGAGAUGUUUGUUUGUGAUGGUAUGGCUGGGUGCGUCAGGUGAUCUUCUUGGCUCAGUUCAGCGGUAUUGAGCUCACCUUCACCAAUCAGCUGAUAGUGGUGAUACUGGCCCUCCUGACGUCCAUCGGCGUGGCGGGCAUCCCGUCUGCGUCGCUGGUGGCCAUUGUGGUCAUCCUCAACGCUGUCAAUGCCAACCUCCCCGGGGUGAGCAAGCCAAGUUCAGAGAGGGCACAACACAAUCCGAUUGACACACACGACAACACCGCGCAGCGCAGGACACACUUGUCAAUUAUGCGCUUUGUGUGUAUGUGUCGUCGCUUUGCCUGUGUCGCAGGGCCAGACGAUUCCCCUGGAGACCCUUGCCGUCAUCCUCAUCAUCGACCGACCACUGGUGAGCUCCUGAGCCUUCGCACCACGUCGCUCCUUCCACGAUCCCACCUCUCUCUCUCUCUCUCUCUGUGUGUGUGUGUGUGUCCAUUAAAGGACAUGUGCCGGACGGCUGUCAACGUCAUGGGCGACACGGUGGGCACCAUCCUCAUCGCCCGGUCCGAGGGCGAGAAGCCGCUCACCAAGCACCCCGACGAGAUGCAGAAGCUCUUCAUGGAGAACUUCGCCAUGCACGAGAUGGAGCACGGAGCGGGCAAGGGUGGCGGGGAGGGUGGUGCCGACCAGCAGGGGCCGUCGUCUCAGGUGCAGACCAAGGAGAGCUCGGAGGUGCAGUCGACAGAGGAGGAGAACAACACCAACGGUGACAGCGGCGAAGACGCCAAGGCACUCGCCGUGUGCUAGAUGGUUCGAUGGAUGGAUGGAUGGGGCGUGUGUGCAUUGUAUCUAUCCAUCUUGUCUGGCUGGGGUGUCUGUCUGUCUGUCUGUCUGUCGUGGAGUAAGUCGCUUACCAGUCAAUGUUCGUCCGCUCGUACAAUGUAUUCAUGUAUAUGUCGGGAGAGCGAGGGCGAGGGAGAGAGAAGCGAGGCGAGGAUGUCGAAUGAAGUUUUGCACGGACGCGCCCGGUGCAUCCGUCUGUGUGGCGGUCGUACACCUCCUGUUGGUAACGGAUGGCGAGCAGUGUUUCCCCACGCUGCUCACCACCGGUUGCCAGCGGGGGAGUGACGAACUCAACACGACGGACACGGGGCGCAGCCCAGCACACGUCUGUGGCUCGUAAGAUUGAGAGAGAAGGAGAAGAAUGUUUUGCCUGCUUGCCUACAGUCAGUGAGUGUACAUUGCCUGUAACAAACAUCAUUCGGGGGUGGGCCUGCACCGCGUCGUGUCGUGUCUUGUCUUGUCCUGAUAUGCCGUCUUUUAUAUACAUGUGAGUCUGUCAGGUCGGUCAUGUCAUGUCAUGUGUGUGUGUCCGUCUGUCUGUCUGUCUGUCUGGUGUGCGUACGGGAAUAUCCACACAUACAUAUACACACAUCGAUCGAUGCAUAUACACGUACUGACUGCAUGGCAUGAAUGCAUUGUAUGUGGGUGCGCUAUGUGCAUUGCCGAGUGGCUGGCUGACGAGUGGCUGACGGUAGUCACCCUCACCACAUCGUCAGACAGCCACAUAAGCGGCAACGGAGACGUUCCAUGGAUGGAUGGAUGGAUGGGUGCGUGCAUACCAACCCGGGCUGACCCACUCACUCAGUGCAUUGCAUUGCAUUGCAUUGCAUGGCCAUUCAUUCGUUUCUCACGUGGCUGCAUGUCAUGUGUGAGCAUGUGAUGUGAUGUGUAUGUGUGCUUGUACGUGUGCCCACAUGUAUGUAUGUAUUUAUCUAUCGCCUUUAUGGGGGACAGCUGUCUGUCCUGUCGGCGCUCUCUCGUCGACACGUGACCUGACGUGGGUGUGGUGUGCAGAAGGACGGAAGUGGUUGGGGUGGGAUGGGCUGAGUGAGUGCCUCUCUCUCGACUUGAUUCACUGCUGGGCCUGCUGGCCGCCUGGGUGCACUUUUCGAAACGCAGGCAGGCAGGCAGGCAGGCAGGCAGACACAAGAGAUGACGACUCUCUCACCCACUCACCCACUCAACUCACCGACGUUCAGCUGGCCGACAGGACUCCGCUACUUUUUGUCCUUCCAUGGGUGCCUCUGCCGUGCCGUGGAUGGAUGCAAGUGCAUGUCCGUGUGUGUGGGCAUGCGUAUGUAUGUGUGUGAGAAUGGUGGGUUUGUAUGGGUUUCAUGCAGUGACAUACCAUUGCAAUGCAGUGUGGUGGAUACGACCGACCGACUUGUCAUCUCCCCUGAACAGAACACGAUCGCAAUGGAUGAAUGAAUGAGAAAGCCUUCUCGCCG